GGUGCAUGGAUACCUGGUUCUAUAAAGUGUUCGCUGUUGUCCGCAAUUUAACGUAUUUACGCUGCAUGUUUUAAUACGAAUUAACCACGGGUACGUGGUUACUACACAAGUCCUUAUCUAACUGAGAGUUAUUCGGAGAUUCGGAAAAAAUCACUAUUGCACGCUAUAUUGACAACUUUCGUACCUUUAGUGGCAACAUCACCUGAGAUAAGGUUUGUUUACAUGUGGGAGCAUGCGUGACUUUGAUAAAGUCAUGUCGAGACAUUUAAAAAGUACUCUAUGAUGUGGGGUUUAAAAGUCCAGAACGAAAGUGUAACAUGCUUACUAAAUUGUUUCUCAACCGCCUUGAGUUAGGAUGUGUCUCCAAUGUUUUGGUGUGCGUUCUUCUCGCUACAUUGUAUGUGGGAAGUUUAUAUGUAUGGAGGAAUACACACGGAAGAGAUCAUCCAUCAACGAUAAAGAAGAGAAUUUUAAGUGUCUUCCUGAUGUCUUUUGUGUCUGCUGUCUUUGUGUAUGUUUUUGCUGAUCGAGAAUAUUUUGGAUCUGAUCACACCUACUGGUCACUGUUGGGCUUGCGACUUUCAGGUAUCAUACCAGCUGUUUUUUUGCCUUUGAUUCUCACCAUGGUACUUUUUUUGGGACCAGUGUCUCUUCAUUAUAGUGAUGGAAUUUAUAAUAAAUUUUUUGAUUUAAAUUUGUGGAUAUACUGCCUAACUAAUGUUGUUUGGUUAAGAAAUCAUGUGAUAGCUCCGUUUUUUGAAGAAUUUACUUUCAGAGCAUGCAUGUUGCCAAUUUUAGUGCCAUGUUUUGAAUACGGAACAACUGUGAUUUUAUGUCCAAUUUUCUUUGGCAUUGCUCAUCUUCAUCUUUUGAAUGAAAAGCUAGCUCAUGGAGCUAAGUUCAAAGUAGCUGUUUUACAGUCUUUAUUUCAGUUUGCUUACACUACAGUUUUUGGUGCUUAUUCAACAUACUUAUUCUUACGAACAGGACAUGUUGCUGCUCCAUUUAUUGUCCAUGCCUUCUGCAAUCAUAUGGGAUUUCCAGAUUUUGGUCAGUUAUUGAAUCUUGAACAACCCAAAAGAUCAAUUCUAAUGAUUAUUUUUGUCACUGGAUUAGUACUGUGGAUACUUUUAUUGAAACCAAUGACAAAUCCUUAUAUUUACAAUAAUUCUUUGUAUUGGCCAACGAUUUUAGAUUAGUAUUGUGUGAGAUAUGUAAAUAAUAGGUGCUAAUGCAUUUAUAUUUUUAUGGCCUUAUGAACUAACUUAGUGCUUUUAAUUUGUAAUAUAUUUUUGUUAUUGUAAAAAAUUUCAUAAUGAAACUAUUAAAAUAUUGCUUUUUUUCCCCUU